CACCACCACGCGCAGCCGGCUGCUCACUGCGCACGACCUACACUCUUUUCCGCCUCCUCUGCACUCGCGCACCCGCUGCGCCCUUCUCUGUGCCGCUCGCCGCGCCGCCGCCGCACCGCCGCACCGCCCGCGCCCAGCAUGCAGUCGCCCGACGACGACAGCAAGCGCGAGACGCCGACGCCAAACGGCACGCGCGCCCUCUCGCUGCAGUCGUCGGCCACACGGCGCCGGCUGCCGACGCUGGCCGAGGUGCUGGCGCGCCGCACGCUGCCGCCCGUCGACCUCUACUGCUACUACCUCUUCCUCCAGCGCGAGGGCAGCGAGGACAGCCUCGACUUCUGGCUCGACGUGCAGCAGCACGAGAACCUGUGCCGCGCCUACUUCAAGGACCUCAAGCGCACGGGCACGAGCGUGCGCGACGACUGGCCCGGCUACUACCGCGAGGCACGCCAGCGCGGCAGCAUCUACAACCGCUUCAACGGCAUCGAGCAGGCGCCGUACGACGACGACAAGGACGAGCCGUGGAACCAGCCCGGCUGGGAGGCCGACGGCGGCCAGGCGCACCGCGCCGGCCCGCAGGGCUACGGGCGGCCCGGCAGCAUCGUCGCCGGCGACGACAUGCCCGAGGCGCCCGAGCCCAGCACGGCGCCCAACUCGCGCGCCGAGCGCCGCAGCUUCAUGAACAAGCGCGCCAGCCAUGCGCCGACGGUCAUUGCGCGCAACUCGGCCAUCAGCCGCACAGACCUCAUCGCGUCGGCGGAGCGCAUCUACGCGCGCUACCUGCUGCCCGGCAGCGAGAAGGAAAUCUACCUCCCGGCGCAGCUGCGCAUCGCCAGCUUUCCCAUCUCGAGCAGUGCCGUGCCGCACCCGCAGGACGAGGAGCAGCAGCGUGCGCUGGCGCGUGUGCCAGACAUGUUCCACGCGCAGAAGGAGUACGUCUUCCGCACGAUGGAGGCAGACGUCUUCCCGCGCUUCCUGCGCGCCAAGGCGUUCGGCAACCUCACGCCGAUUUCGGCGCUCGUGCGGCUGAGCCUUGGCCUGCUUGCGCUGUGGGCCGCACUGGCAACGGGCUUCAGCUUCAUCUUCCUUGAUGUCAUGCGUGCGAUGCGCUGCUGGGUCAUUCUGCCGUUCACGGUCGCGGUGCUGCUCAUUAUCUCGCACCAGUACGAGCUGGACCCGCUGCUCGCGCUGGCCAUGCGCAGCGAGACGACGCCGUUCCACCUGAUCAAGGUGCGCGAGCCGUACGUGCGGCGCAUCCUGCUGCAGCGUGCCGGCGGCGUGCUGCUUCUCGUGGCGCUUCUCACGGCCGCGCUGAGCUGCCUGUUCAUCUUCGUCCCUGGUCACCGUCUCUGAUUGCAAGCCUGCGCACCACCGGCAACGCAACAGCCUCUUAUACCUGCAGCGCGCUUCUCAUAGCGCCCGCCGCCGGCGUACGCGAUGCGCGUGCCCGCCUCACUCUCACCACCGUCCUUUCCCCGUUCCUCUGCCUUCCGCUACACGAAAGAGCCUCCCUUACGCCCCGCCGAUCGCCCGUCGUGGCGACCGCUGUCCGUCUGCUUUGCCGCGCGCAUGUCGUCGUUCGACGCUACUGCUGCCCUGGUGUUCAAAUGCUAUGGUAUACCCUCGCCCUGCCUGGCGAGCCAAUGAGACUACAUGCGGC